AUGCCUCAAUCGGCCUUUCCCCCGGCAUUCCCAUCGCCGUUAGCUCAGCAGCAAGCAAUGGCAGCUCGUCGUGCUGCUGAUCAGGUUCAGCCAGAUGAUUCAGCGAGUGGAGUGUCCAUGGGCUCUUGGAGUGCAGCGCCAGGUGAUCGACAGACACCACUGCCCAAGGCUCGCCCACCAGCUCCACCCACUACUGUUCCUGAAGGUGGCGAAGGACCAUCGGUUUGGGAUCAGCCAAGUGACGAUGACGUUCCCCCUGUUGAUGGGUCCUACUUUGGGCAGCCUGUUCAGCAACCAGGUCAAGCUGCCAGCAGCGGUUAUGUGCCCACUGGGGCUGGCUCUGCGCCUGCCACUCAGGCAGCCAAGAAUCUGCUCGGUGACCAGCUCCAGCAAAAUACCAAGCUGGCCAAGCAGAAAGAGAGGGCCAAAGCUCGUGGCCACAAGCGCGUCCGUUGGGGGCAAAUGCCUGUGUCUGGGGCGCUCAAUCCUCAGAAUUUCCAGCUGCCACCGUUUAUUCAGCAGCUCGGUUCAGGACAAGGUGAAAGAUCAAUCCUCAUUGUGGACAACCGUGAUGGUAGGAUCACUAGUCCCUUCCAGGGUUGGUUGCUCGACGAGAUCUUGCUGAACGCGCAAUCCAGGAUCAACAUCCUCUCGGAUCGCCAGUUGCUGCGAUCGCCAAGUGUGGGCUACCACAUGAACCUGUUCUAUGUGCGAGCUAUGGAUGGCUACAAGCUCAUCGUGGUGGGCUCGAUGACCAGCUAUGAGAGUGUCCCAUGUGCUAAUUGGGACGCUGAGACUGGUGAGGUCAUGUCGCAUUCAGCCUUCCAGCCUUUUCGCUGGCCGCUCAUGAGGAAUGACUCGUCGAUUUGGGUCGACGUCAAGCUGAAGAUCGAGGGCCAGUUGCUCUUGCACUUGGAGCUCCGUGGUUACAGAUCGGUGCAGGACAUGUCGGUGCAGCUCAACUACAUCAAUGACGGGCUCGUCACCUCCCUCAAGGAGAUCCUGUUCGUGCCUGCGGUCGUCGUGACGGUCUUCUCUGGAUGGAGAGUUGUGGCGGUCAGUUUUGAGGUGGGUGGUCGGAUCUAUGUGUGCUCUGACAAGGGCGUAGUGGUAGCUCUCGACUACCCCCUCUGCCAUUUCGAGAUUCGCAUGACAGCUUUGUCAUCUGUGGACGCGAUCGGGAUGGAUGCAGACCGUCUUGAGUUCAGGUUCAGAUCAGCUGGAGAUCAGCUGGACGUGGCAUGCUCACAGCUCAACGUGCCAACGACAUGGCUCACGCUCUCUCGAGUGUCGGGGCCGAUGCUUAUCCAGAAUGCUCGUUGGUGCCGUGAGAGGAAUGCUCGUGUAGAAGGACCGGACCAAACAAUGCAGAUGUCCCAGCUCGCGGGCAUUCACGCCCACUGGACUGCUGCCACAGAGGCCACAUCAGUGGCUGACACAGGUCCAAGGGUGGGGGCAGUGGCGGUCGACAGUCACCACAGCAACCUCCACCUGACCUGUGAGUCGCCAUUGUUCCAGGCCGAGAAGGCGAUCGUACCGCCCGAGGCCAUUGCUCUUCAGUGCCAUGACCCGGACCAGGAGAAACAGGCCAUCAUUGUUCCACCAGUUCUGGGUGGGCCGGCUGCUGUGGAGUUCAAAGAUGCCCCAGGGGCCUUGAAAGCUCUGGUGGGGCCAGCUGCAGCUCCAGUGCAAGCCGCGCCUUUGGUGGAGACCGUGAUCUCGGUCACAGAAGCAGGGCAAGCUCCACGACCUGCAGCUCCAGGUGAAAUGACUGUUCAUGUGCAACGUCGUUCAUUGGAGUCCAGGUUGAGCGAGUCGUUGGCAGAAGCCGCAGUGACUCCUCAGAACUUUGUGGAGCAGGUUCGGCGAGCGGCUCAGGGCUGUGCGCCUGGAGGCUCAACCACCUCUGUGCCGCGCUCUUUUGGCCCAGAGCCAGUGAUCGAAGCGCUCACCUCAGAAGGGUUGCGGGAUCUCAGAUCGAGCAUGAGUCGGAGCGACAGAGUCGUGAAAACGGUGAUCACCUCAGGGGCAGGGCUGUGGGAUCUCAGCACUGGAUUGAGUGAGAGCGACAGACCAGGUCUUUUCUGGUCAGUCAUCUCUUCGAUCAUGGCUCAGAGUGGCAACAGAUGGGCGUGCAAGAUCCUCUCACUUCCGAUUUUUGAUGAUGCCUUUGCCAAGGCUGUGCAGGGCUCUCCAUUUGCCAACCUGGCGUUCGUAGCCGCUAUGGAGGUUACGUCGGCUCACGAAUUUGUGGCCAAGGUCACGGAGUGGGCCCCCCACUUGGAUGAGGGCAUUAGAGGUGAUUUGCUGGGCUCGUCUUUUAUGCUAGAGCAUUUUUGGUCUUUGGCAUGCUCAGUGGAACGAGCGUUUUUCGAGUCAACUGCAAAUCAGCUAGGGUUUGGGUUGUGCGAGGUACCAGAUGUGCCCAUCAGCUCGGAAUCGGCUAAAGCUCGUCGGGCGGGGGCAAUCAAGGCUCUAUCUGGGCGACCUCUCAACCCCCCUAGGAAGUUGCUCAAGACUAGCUCUGAGUCAGCGUCAGCCACUCCGUUGCUCGAUCAGGAGAAUGCGGCGAGGUGGAAGUGGGCAGCUCGGCUGGAGGAGAUCGGCAAGAAAGCUGGCACCUUCUCUAAGUUGCUGCUCGACACAGCCAAUGAGUCGGGGCUCUCCCAUGCUGAAGUGGCUCGUUUGCGCCAGUUGGUGUUAUCGUCUGGUGCUCCUAGGACGAUGGCGACUCAUGUCACCAACUGGGAGCGGUUCGCAGACUGGGCAACGGCAAAGGGCAUUGAAGUUUUUCCUUUAACCUCCAAUAAGCUCAUUCAGUAUGCUCUUCAUUUAGAUAGUCUUGAAUGUGGCCCUUCUGUUAUCCCUACUUUUAGAACUUCGGUCAAGUGGGUAACCUCUAAGUUGGCCAUUGAUUGCCCUGACAUUGAUCAUCAAGGGCUCUUGGCGCUCCAAGCAGAGGUCAUCGGGAAGCGAGCUCGCACCCUGAAGGAGGCGGUUCCUAUACCCACCCCGGUGGUGCGGGCACUGGAGCUCUUCGUGGUUGAUGAAGGGGAGCCCGAGGCUAUCAGGCUCUUUACAUGGUGGUGGCUCUGUAUGGUCUUCGCAUCACUUCGUUUUGACGAUGCGAUGCAUGUUCGCCCAGAUGAGCUCAUCUUGAACGAGGAAGGGCUCUUUGGCGUUGCAUGGCAGACCAAGGUGGAGCGCAAGAGACGGGGCACCAAGUUCGUAGUCCCCCAUGUAGGUUUUUCUGGGUCAGAUUGGCUUCGUUCUGGAUGGGAGCUCUUACAAAGUGAACACUCUGGUUUAGCUCGCGAUUUCUGGAUGAGGGAUCUGAACUCUAGAGAUGCGUUCAGGGAUGCACCGGCGACUUAUCAACGCUCUGUGCAAUGGCUCCGCUUCAUUGGAAGGUUUGCUCUCAACCACUAUCAUACUGGCCAGGAGGAAGAGUUCAAGGAGUUGGCAAGCGUGGUCAACAGUUUGACGGCGCACUCAGCUCGAGUGACAAUGCUCGAUGCAGCAGUGCAUGCAGGGCGUAGCACAGAGGAGAUCGGCCUGCAGGCCAAUUGGAAGAACCCAGGACCGCUCGUCCUCAAGUAUACCCGCAACCGCUCAGCUAUUCCAGCCAAGAUGGUCCAGCAGUUGGUCAAAGACAUGCUCGUGCAGGAGCACCCAGUCGAAGAGUCAGAAGACGUGGAGCUGGAUUCGGAGGAUCCGUCCGCCUUUGACCAGAUCCAGUUCUUUGUGAAGGCCAACGGUUCGGCCACCUAUGACUAUCGAUACCACUGCACGGCACCUGACAACGAGGAGGCCAUUGCUUGCGGGCGCAUCUUGAAGGAUGACUGCACCCAUGUAGGGUCGUGUUUGCCCGAUGCAUCCGUGCUGUGCAAGCAUUGCUCGCGCGCUCGUCCAGAAGUGCUCGAGGCAUAUCACCGCAGCCAACGUGCUCGGCCCCUUGGUUGCAGGUAA